UACGUUGUCCAUCGCUUCCUCCAAGCUUCUUUCCACUGCCUUGCUGCAGCGAGUAUCCUUCUACUUGGAAGAAGCCUCAGCUGCGGUAGUUUGGGAGAAGUGAAUGCCAAAGAUGGGUGAGAAUGGUGCUGCAAAAUACCACCAGCACACAAAUUUGGCCCCCACGGAGGUCGCCAUGGAGCUCGGUCACCAACAGGGAGGUUCCAAAUGCUACGACGACGACGGCCGACUCAAGAGAACAGGGACCGUAUGGACAGCGAGUGCUCACAUUAUAACGGCAGUGAUCGGCUCCGGCGUGCUAUCUCUGGCUUGGGCCAUUGGCCAGCUUGGAUGGGUUGCUGGCCCUGCUGCUAUGCUCCUCUUCUCCUAUGUAACAUACUACACCUCUGCUCUCCUUGCUGACUGCUACCGCUCCUGUGAUCCCAUCAACGGCAAGCGCAACUACACCUACAUGGAUGCCGUCCAGGCCAACCUCAAUGGUUUCAAGGUUAAGCUCUGUGGCUUCAUCCAAUAUGCCAAUAUCUUUGGAGUUUCCAUUGGAUAUACCAUUGCUGCUGCCAUUAGCAUGACGGCAAUCAAGAGAUCAAAUUGCUUUCAUGAGAAAGGGCACAGCAAUCCCUGCCAAGUAUCCAGCAAUCCUUACAUGAUCAUUUUCGGUGUGGCAGAGAUCUUCUUAUCUCAAAUCCCAGACUUCGAUCAGAUUUGGUGGCUCUCCAUCCUCGCCGCCGUCAUGUCCUUUACCUAUUCUUCCAUUGGCCUCACCCUCGGCAUUGUUCAAGUCAUCAAGAAUGGAGGAAUCAAAGGCAGUCUCACUGGAAUUAGCAUCGCAGUCGUCUCCCCGGCCGACAAAGUCUGGCGAAGCCUCCAAGCCUUUGGCGACAUCGCCUUCGCCUACUCCUACUCCCUAAUCCUCAUCGAAAUUCAGGACACAAUAAAGGAAUCACCGCCGUCGGAGGCGAAGGUGAUGAAGAAGGCGACGCUCCUCAGCGUGGCGGUGACCACCAUCUUCUACAUGCUCUGUGGCUGCAUGGGCUAUGCCGCCUUCGGUGACAUGGCCCCCGGCAACCUCCUCACUGGCUUUGGCUUCUACGACCCUUACUGGCUCCUCGACAUUGCCAACGCCGCCAUCGUCAUCCACCUCGUCGGCGCCUACCAGGUCUACUGCCAGCCCCUCUUCGCCUUCGUGGAGAAAUGGGCUCUCCAGACCUGGCCUGAGUCCAAAUUCAUCACCAAAGGGAUCGAGGUCCCUCUAGGCCCCAGCCGUAGCUACCGGCUCAAUCUUUUUCGGCUAACAUGGCGCACCGUGUUCGUGAUCUGCACUACCGUGAUCUCCAUGCUUCUUCCUUUCUUCAAUGAUGUCGUCGGCUUCCUCGGCGCGCUCGGGUUCUGGCCGCUGACCGUCUACUUCCCGGUGGAGAUGUAUAUUGUCCAGAAGAAGGUGCCCAAGUGGAGCACGAAGUGGGUGUGCCUCCAGCUGCUGAGCUUGGCCUGCCUCAUCAUAUCGGUGGCGGCGGCCGCCGGCUCCAUCGCCGGGGUGAUGAACGACCUCAAGGUCUACCGGCCUUUCACGACCAGCUAUUGAUCCAUAAUGCAUCGGACUACUUGCUAAGUUAACCACUGCUGCUUUCGCCCUCAGGGAAAGGAUAUCACCGCUGUUGUUUUCGAUCGCUGCUUUCUGUUGUUUGUAAAUUGUAAUCCCCUUCCAAACAUGAAGUCUAAUUUUAAUAGAAAAGAAUGGCGAUUCCCCAAAUA